AUGUCGGGAGCCCCGCGGCUCCUCCAUCGUGCGGCGGGCAAGGUAUCCGCUCUACCUCAGCAUGCCCCGAGCCAGCCGACCGUGCAGCGCCCAUCGCAUCCCGCAUCUUGGGCACCCCCACUUCGCCCGGCCAAGAUCCACUUCGUGCGCCUCGACUAUGAGACCGGGAUCACGGCUGUCCGAAAGACCCGGACUCCCAUCUAUCGCUCCCCUUUCCUCUCCCUCCGAGCCGUAGCGGCGGAUAAGGUCCCAACCACGCCACAUCCCUUCCCAGUCGGCGCAGUAGCUGCUGCGGGCGCUACAAAGACAGUCAUCCGCUUCGGAGUCGUCACUUCCAAAAAGGCCAUCUCCAUCUACGCUGUCGAGAGGAAUAAGGCCCGGUCGCGGUUCAAGGGGAUCAUAGCGGACAUCAUGGCGACUCAAGAGGGUGCUAAGCUGGUCACGCCUGCCAAAGCGUAUCUUGCAGUGCUGGAUGGCAAGAUCUGCUAUGCCCCUCGGGAGGAGGUCGAGCGGGAUGUUCUGAAGGGGAUGAAGUUCUUAGCGGAACAGACCUUCUUUUCCAAGUCACCAAAGCCUCGGAUCUCCGCCAGCGGUCCCUCCCGGCCUCCGUCAUCCGCUUUCGGGCGGAAAGACCACUCACGUCCGCGGUGA